AUGAUGUACCGGUGCUAUUUGAGUCUCAUGACUCUCAUUGGCCUUGAGCUGCUCAGCGGCUGCUAUGCAUAUGUUCCCAUCCCGCCGAAGUCCUUGAGAGUGCGCCAGAAUGCAGACGCAGCCUUAGCAGUGGCCGUCGCCGCUCCGACGGCAGUAGCAGGAUGCUCCAAGUCUUUCACCCCACUCGAGGGUGAUACUUGUCUAGUUGUUGCCGCAUUAAACGCGAUAUCUAUCGAUGAUUUCAUCAAAUGGAAUCCAAGUCUCAAGUCUGAAGACGUUUGUGACCAACUACUUCUACCGGGCACUUCUUAUUGCGUUAAUGUACCGCCGCCGCCACCACCGCCGCCAUCCACCCAAACGACAACUAAGGACGCCCCAAAACCCACACCGGCACCCACGGUUCCAGCGAAUGGCGUCAUCACACCGUCACCAGUACAACCUGGCAUGGUCCCAAACUGUAACAAAUUCCAUCUCGUAGCGUCUGGACAAACAUGCCAAGAUAUUACGUCGAAAUUCUCGCUCAGUAUUGAGCUUUUAGCCAAAUGGAACCCUGCGAUCGGAAAGCAAUGCACUACUAUGUGGGCGGGGACUCAUCUUUGCAUAGGCGUCAUCGGUGGCACUCCUACUGUACCCACAACAGCCCCUCCAGCCAAUGGUACCCCUUCACCUAUUGGUGCUAAUACGACAAAAAAUUGCAAGAAGUGGGCAUAUAUAAGAAGCGGUGAUACUUGUCAGACCAUUCUUGACAGAAACCGAGACUCUAAAUCCACCUUGAAGGACCUCAUUCGCUGGAAUCCUUCUGUGAGAGCGGACUGUAGCGGGUUGAUAGCCGCUAACUUCCUUUGUAUCAUCGGACCGGCCGCUCCGCCGACAACCACAAAACCCACACCAGCAAACCCCACUCCUAGUCCUAUUCAAGCGGGUCAGGUCAAGAAUUGUAAAGGUUGGGCUUAUGUCAAGCAGGGCGAGACCUGCCAGCACAUUCUAAAGAGGCACCCAAAGGUUACGUUGUCCCAGCUGUUCACUUGGAAUCCGGCUAUUGGCAAAGACUGUUCGAAAAUGUGGGCGAAGACAUAUUUAUGUGUCGCCGUAUGA